AUGCGCAAUGCGGCUGCAAGCGGGGCGGGACUGGCGAGCCUGCGCAGUGUGGCAGAGCCGCGAUGGGCCUCCGGAAAGCGUCUCCCGGCCCGGGGCGGCCCGGGGCUGAUGAGCAUGCGCGCUGGUGCUAGCCUGGCGCGGCGGCGGUUGCUAGGCAACGGCGAGCGGCGUCGGUGGAGGGCUCCGGCCGCGGUGGGCGUGCGGCGGGCGGGGUCGGUUGCGCCGCAGGUGUGGUCUCCGGGUCAUUCCUCUAAACAGGAUAACUUAGCAGUCACUGCAGUGGCUUUGCAAGAUCACAUUGUACAUGAUCUUCAACUUCAGAAUCUUUCAAUAGCAGAUUAUUCUAAGACAAAGGUACAAAAGACAGAGAACAGAUCCAAAUCUCUAAAAAGAAAUGCAAAGGCAAUAAUAGAUACUGGGCUUAAGAAGACCCCACAAGGAGGCCCUAAAGUGGAAGAUCCAGAAAAAGAAUAUGUUCUUGAUCCAAAACCACCACCAUUAACUUUAGCACAGAAGUUGGGCCUCUUUGACCCUCCCCCAUUGCCACUGUCUGCGGAUGAAUGGGACAGAGUGAAGCAGAGGUCCGUUGAGCAGGGGGACUCCAUGCAGCCGUGCCCGAUAUGCAAAGAGGAGUUUGGACUUCACCCGCAGGUGCUGCUCUCCUGCUCACACGUGUUCCACAGGGCUUGCCUUCAGGCUUUUGAAAAGUUCACAAAUAAAAAAACCUGUCCUCUCUGUAGAAAGAACCAGUACCAAACCCGGGUGAUCCGCGAUGGGGCCCGACUCUUCAGAAUCAAGUGCGCGACCAGGAUCCAGGCGUCCUGGCGCGGACACGUGGUCAGGAGGUGGUACCGGGACCUGAGGCGGACAGUGCCGCCCGCAGAUGCCAAGCUCAGGAGGAAGUUCUUUGAAGCCAAGUUCACAGAGAUCAGCCAGCGCCUGCUCUGCUCCUUCCGCACGGACAUCGACGCGCUCUUCUCUGAGGUGGACCACUGCCUGGCCGUCAACCGCAGCGUCCUGCAGCAGCUGGAGGAGCGCUGUGGCCGCGAGCUCUCCGAAGAGGAGUGGGGCGAGAUCCAGACCCAGGCCCUGUGCCGGGAGGCCCCCGACUGCCCCAUCUGCCUCGCCGCGCUGGCGCCACGGGAGAGGGUCCUGCUGUCCUGCUCACACGUGUUCCACCACGCAUGCCUCCAAGCCCUGGAGGAGCUCUCCCUGGGGGACAGCGCACCUUUCCACACGUGUCCGCUCUGCCGCUGCUGCUAUCAGAAGAGGAUUCUUGAAUGUUGAAUUCACAGGGAAAAAAUUGCAUAAUUCAGGGGGGCAGUGUUAACCUUAUUGUUGGUAGUUGUAGGUUAGGAAAGCUGACAAUAUUUUAAAAGCUCACAAAUCCAUCCAAUUCUAGUCUUUAUAAAAAGAAAACUUCAAAUU